CUUCACUGUACGAGUCCGUAUAUUCUUCCCCAUCAAAUUAGAUCAUAUUAAUUUUGUUUUCAUUGAUAAACAUGUACAGUCAAGCCGAAUCCAUGGCGAGAAGAAUCCCGUUCCUCCUCUGCAUCCUCUUCAACCUCACGGCUGCUCUGUUUUCACUCUCCUAUGCCGGCGAUACCUUAACCUCUGGCCAGCGUCUCCUCGACGCUUCCGGAGAAAUCUUGAUCUCCGACUCCUUCGAGCUGGGUUUCUUUACCCCCGCCGGAUCCAGCAACCGUUACGUUGGCAUGUGGUUCCGCAACGUCUCCCAGAAAACCUUCGUAUGGGUCGCCAACCGCAACCGCCCGAUCACCGAUGGGUCCGGAGUCCUUUCGCUCACUACAAACGGAACACUUGUCGUCUCCGACAGCAGCUCCGCCAUCUUGUGGUCGUCCAGCUCAUCGUCACUCGCUAACCCAGUGGCGCAACUCCUCGACAACGGGAACUUGAUCGUUCGAGAAGCCGGCGACUUCGGCAGCAGCAGCUACGCAUGGCAGAGCUUCGACUUCCCGACGAACACGCUCCUCCCGGGCAUGAAGUUGGGGUGGAACCUGACGAGCCGACACAACCGCAUCCUCACGGCGUGGGCGAGCACCAGCGACCCGGCAGAGGGGAACUACACCCUUGGCAUCGACUUGCGCAACGGUCCCCAGCUAUUCGUGUGGGUGGGCACGCAGCAGAAUUUGCGCUUCGGGCCAUGGAACGGCCUCUACUUCAGCGGCGUCCCAGAGAUGAUGUCGACCGAUAUGUUGGACUACAGCUUGGUGAUCGACGGCGAGCAGGUGGUGUACAGCUACACCGUCCCCGAUCCCUCGCUGAUCAGGCAAACGGUCAUCAAUCCGACGUCAGGGGCCAUAGAGGUCCUUCUGUGGACCAAGGAAAGUCAGUCAUGGAUCAAGCGGACGGAGUUUCCGAGGGACGCCUGCGACCGCACCAUUUCCCUCUGCGGCCCCUACGGCCUUUGCUACCCCGACUGGCCGCCGUGCAAGUGUCUGCAGGGCUUUCAUCCCCGGAAUCGAAACGACUGGGAGCACAUCGUGAACACCUCCGGUGGCUGCGUGAGGAACACAGAGUUGGACUGCCAUAACAAAACAGACGGGUUCAUCCAGCAGAGCAACGUGAAAUUGCCGGACACAUCCGCGUCGACGGUGGACUGGAGCACGGAAAGCCUCGACGACUGUAAAAUUUCGUGCCUGAGCAACUGUUCUUGCACGGCUUAUGCGAGAGCCAACAUCAGCGGCAGUGGCCGAGGGUGCAUAUUGUGGUUCACUCCGCUCACUGACAUCAAACUGUUCUACUCUGGAUCUGGACAAGAUCUAUUCGUCAGGGUUGCAGCUGCAGAUUUAAAUGAAGCCAUGGAAUCAAGUGGUUCUCGCCGGAGUCGCAGAGGCAUGAUCAUAGUCGCUUCCUCGGUGGCAACUUUGACUUUCCUGACACUUGUUGGUUGUUUCAUUUGGAAAAGGAAGAAAAAACAGUAUUCUACCCGGAGAGAAACUGAAGAAGAGACGAUAAACCUGCCCUCGUUCGACUUUGCUGCAAUUGUACGGGCUACUGAUAACUUUUCUUCCUCUAACAAGCUCGGAGAGGGCGGAUUUGGUCCCGUAUAUAAGGGUUGGUUGAAAGAAGAGGAAAUAGCUGUAAAAAGAUUGUCCAAAACAUCAGAACAAGGUGCCGAUGAAUUCAAGAACGAGGUCGUGUCGAUCGCUGAGCUACAACAUCGAAAUCUUGUUCGACUUCUUGGCUAUUGCAUUGAAACAAGGGAGAGGAUGUUGAUCUAUCAAUUCAUGCCCAAUGGAAGCCUAGACAAAUUCUUGUUUGAUAAAGUCAAAGCUAGAUCAUUAGAUUGGAAAUUGCGUUACAAUAUAAUUCUUGGCAUUGCUCGAGGUCUUCUCUAUCUUCAUCAUGAUUCCUUACUAAGAAUCAUUCAUAGAGAUUUGAAAGCAAGCAAUAUUCUUCUGGAUGAGAAUAUGAAUCCAAAAAUAUCAGAUUUUGGUCUGGCAAAAAUAUUUAAUGGAAAUGAAACAAUAAGAAGAACAAGGAGAGUGGUUGGAACAUAUGGGUAUAUGUCUCCAGAAUACAUCAAAAAUGGAACUUAUUCAGUGAAAUCAGAUGUUUUUAGUUUUGGAGUAUUAAUAUUUGAAAUCAUUACCGGUAAAAAGAAUGCUGGAUUUUAUAUUUCUAUAGAGCACCUAAACCUCCUAGAUCAUAUUUGGACUUUGUGGAAAGAAGAUAGAGUUUUGGAAGCAUUGGAUGGAUCAAUGGGGGCAUUUUGUGUUGCUGAGGUUUUGAAGUGUAUAAAUAUUGGUCUCUUAUGUGUUCAAGAACAACCAGAAGAUAGACCUACAAUGUCAUCAAUAGUAUGGUCUUUGAGUAAUGAAACUACUCAAUUGCUAGAGCCUAAAAGACCAGGUUUUGUGGUGCCAAGUGAUCUAUCAGAAACUAAUUUAAAUAACUAUGAGCAUUGUGCAGUGUCUUCUAAUCAGUUAUCAAUCACAAUUUUAGAAGGUCGAUAGAAAUUAUCACAAUCAAAAUGUGACUACCAAGUUGAUGUGAAUUGAGUAUUUUUAUUUUAUUUUGCUACAUAUUGAACAAACAAUUGUAGACAAUAUAUGAAGAUCAAUAAUUUGAAAAUGUGUUGUAUUGAUAUGAUAAAUAUGCCAUAUCUUGGUGUAAAGUUAGAGAUUUAUUAGGCCAAAAGAGCCAAUAAACAUGUUCUAAUAAUAAAGUCCUAGUUUUAAUACUUCCAAGGUGUGCCUAAGGUAUACCAUUCUCACUUCUCAGAUGCAUGCAAAUUUCCCAAGUCAUGCGAUGGAAUGCAAGGGAAUUAGGUAGAAUCCCCCCAAACAACAAAUAUUAUUUGAUUUAGUUAGAGUUUACUAAAGAACUUGGU